ACACAUUUUUUUCUUGCAAUUGUAUGGUUUUAAAUUACUCUUAGGAGCCAAAUUCGGCAUCCAUUGAACCAAGAGUUGAUGGAAUCCAAUUGAACAAAACAACAACAAAAAAACAUAGAGAAAAUAAAAAUUUUAUUUCGGAAAUAACAAGGAAAAAGAAAGAGUCAUAGGUUUCAAACCCAACAUCACCAUUGUUUUCUUCAAAUCCAAACACAACCCUUCAUUGUUACACACAACAACGUUAGAAGAAACAAAGAUUCAAAUUGAAAAAAAUUUAGUCUUUUUGUUUGGUUUCAUCCUUUUGAUUUGAUUUGGGGGGUUUUAGUUUCUGGGUUUGUUGCAGAAAUGCAUUCUGCAUCAUCAUUUACAUCUGGGUUUGUGUAUUGAGCUAGAAAAAUUGAAUCUUUUUCAUUUGGGUUUAUGUAUUGAGAUAGAAAAAUUGAAUCUUUUUCAUUUGGGUUUUGAUGGGUUAAGGUUUCAAAAAUCAAAGUGGAGACUUUCAAGAGAAUGAGCAGGGAGCUGAAUGGCAUUGUAAAGGCAUGGGAAGCAACAGUUAGAAAAUCUGCAACUGCUAAGAAAAGGGCUAACAGCAUCUUCACAACGAUGUCUGUAGCCCAUGUAGACGACGAAGACGACGAUGAUGAGGACGAACAAGCGUCGUCUUCGUCGCAAGAGUUGUGUCAUACUGAAAAGAUUUUCUCCAAUGGUGAUUUCUACACAGGACAAUGGCUUGACAGGUUUCCACAUGGUCAUGGUAAGUAUCUAUGGAUUGAUGGUUGUAUGUAUGUUGGUGAAUGGAUUCAAGGUUUUACAAUGGGGAAAGGUAGGUUUAGUUGGCCUAGUGGUGCUACCUAUGAAGGUGAUUUCAAGGUUUUUUACAUGGAUGGUAAAGGUACUUAUAUAGGUUCAUCUGGUGAUACUUAUAAAGGUUCUUGGGUUAUGAAUUUGAAAAGUGGGAAUGGGAAUGAGAGUUAUCCUAAUGGUGAUUUCUAUGAUGGUGAAUGGAAGAAGGGUUUGCAAAAUGGACAUGGUAGGUACCAAUGGAAGAAUGGUAACCACUAUGUUGGUCAAUGGAGGAAUGGUUUGUUUAAUGGGAAUGGUACAAUGAUGUGGCAAAAUGGUAAUAGGUAUGAUGGUUGUUGGGAAGACGGUUUACCGAAAGGGAACGGUACGUUUCGAUGGUGUGAUGGUAGUUUUUAUGUUGGUGUAUGGAGUAAAGACGCUAAUGAACAAAGCGGUACGUAUUAUCCGUCCGGUUCGUGUGAUAAUCAUCUCGAAUGGGAUCCUCAAGAGAUUUUCAUCACUGAAUUGAGUGAUUGUAGGGUUUCGCCUUGCGAAGAUGUUUCGAUUUAUCCUUCGGAGAAGAUAUUGAGUUUGACGGGUUUCGACGAAGGUAAUAAAGUGACGAAACAAUCGAUACGUAAGAAAGUAAUGGGUGGUAAUGGAAAACCUAGAUGGAGUUCAGUUGAUGGAAGGCUUAGUAAUUACUGCACGGAAGAAGGGGCUAACGGUUCAGGUAGAAAUUCGGCAUUAGGUGGGUUAGGAGGUAAUUCUGUUCAAAGCUGGCAUAAAUCGCCGCAGUUGAGAAUAACCGCGUCGAAAAGACAAGGAGAAACUAUAUCAAAAGGGCAUAAAAACUUUGAGCUGAUGUUGAAUCUCCAACUAGGUAUCAGACAUUCUGUUGGAAGACCGGCUCCAAGUGCAUCUCUUGAUUUGAAAUCUUCCGCGUUUGAUCCCAAGGAGAAAGUUUGGACUAGAUUUCCGUCAGAAGGAUCGAAGCAUACGCCGCCUCAUCCUUCGUGUGAAUUUAGAUGGAAAGACUAUUGUCCGGUAGUAUUCAGAGCUCUCCGAAAAUUGUUCAAAGUUGAUCCUGCGGAUUACAUGAUAUCGAUAUGUGGGAAUGACGCUCUUCGGGAACUCUCAUCGCCCGGAAAAAGUGGAAGUUUCUUCUAUUUGACGAACGAUGACCGGUAUAUGAUCAAAACCAUGAAGAAAGCCGAAGUAAAAGUUUUUCUGAAAAUGCUUCCGGCAUAUUAUAAACACGUCCGGGCUUUUGAGAACACGCUCGUCACAAAAUUCUUCGGUCUGCAUUGUGUAAAACUAACUGGGGCUGCACAUAAGAAGGUUCGCUUUGUCAUCAUGGGAAAUAUAUUUUGUUCUCAAUACACCAUUCACAGACGGUUUGACUUGAAAGGUUCGACGUUUGGUCGCACUACUGAUAAACCCGAGGCGGAAAUUGAGCCAACGACAACGCUUAAGGACCUUGACUUAAAUUUUAUAUUUCGGUUGCAGAAAUCUUGGUUCCAAGAAUUUUGCAAACAAGUUUCGAGAGAUUGCGACUUUCUUGAACACGAAAGGAUCAUGGAUUAUAGCAUGUUGGUUGGUCUUCACUUUCGAGAAACAACUCCGACCGGCAAUGUUACACCUUGUAGUCGAAAUUCGGAAACGUGCACCCCAUCUGGAUUUGGCGAUGGAGGCCCUCGUCUUUCUGGAGUCGACAUAGAUAAUCUCAUCGUAGAUCCUAGUCGGUGGAUUCAAUUAGGUAUAAACAUGCCAGCGCAAGCCGAAAUGGCUUUACGAAGAAGCAAUUGCGAUACUCCUCAGUUGGUUGGAGAACCAACUGGGGAGUUAUACGAUAUUAUAAUCUUUUUCGGUAUCAUAGACAUAUUACAAGACUACGAUAUUAGUAAAAAGCUCGAGCAUGCUUACAAAUCAAUCCAAUACGAUCCAACGUCAAUCUCAUCCGUUGAUCCAAGGCUAUACUCGAAACGCUUUCGUGAAUUCAUCUUCAGAGUUUUUGUAGAAGACACUACUACGUAAGGGUGUAGUUUUGAUCAAAAGAUUCGAAUUAUGGCAUGUGGCUAUCCAUUUAUAGUUGCAACGAAUCGAGAGAGUUCUAAUCAGCGCGUCGAUGCUCGUACACAUUUUGGCGACCGACGCAUUGAGGAGGGUACAUUGGUGAAUUUUGUUUUAUGUACAUCAAUGUUGUUUCAAAAUUGUAAAGGAAAUACCAAAAAGGGAUAAGCAACAUUGAAAUAUUCAUUAUGUAACCAUUUUGUCUCCAAAAUGAAGCCUGUAUUUGGUGCUGAAUAAGAUGAGAUGGUGCACAAUUGAUUUUAGUGUGCAAAAAAUAUAUGAUGAUUCUUAGGCUUGUUGAAUGAUGUUAUCAUUAUAUUUGAUGUAUAAUUUUAACACACA